AUGCCGGCGUCUUCUGUGGAAAAGCCGCUCAAUAGCCCUAAUAAAGGGUUAUUCAACAAUACGGCCGGCUUUAGCACCCUAAUCACGGUUACGGUGCUAUUACUAGCUUGGUUGGCCGGUUUUGCAUCUCGGUUAUUUGCUGUUAUACGUUUUGAGAGUAUAAUUCACGAAUUUGACCCAUGGUUUAACUACAGAUCUACAGCAUACAUGGUACAGCAUGGUUUUUACAAUUUUCUUAAUUGGUUUGAUGAACGUGCUUGGUAUCCUCUUGGACGCAUUGUAGGUGGAACUGUUUAUCCUGGUCUAAUGAUAACAUCAGGCACUAUACAUUGGAUACUACAUACUCUCAAUAUACCAAUUCAUAUAAGAGACAUUUGUGUAUUUCUUGCUCCAGUAUUUAGUGGUUUGACAGCAAUAGCAACAUACCUUUUAACAUCAGAAUUAUGGUCGAGAGGUGCUGGUUUAUUUGCUGCAUGCUUCAUAGCAAUAGUUCCAGGUUACAGCAGUAGAUCUGUGGCUGGAAGCUAUGAUAAUGAGGGUAUUGCCAUCUUCGCCCUACAAUUUACGUACUACCUUUGGCUGAAAAGUGUAAAAAGCGGAUCAGUUUUUUGGUCUGUUUGCACUGCACUUUCCUACUUUUAUAUGGUGUCAGCAUGGGGAGGUUAUGUGUUUAUUAUAAACUUGAUACCAUUGCAUGUGUUUGUGCUACUUAUUAUGGGUAGAUUUUCACAAAGGUUGUUUGUCAGUUACACUGUAUUUUAUAUCAUAGGAUUACUUCUGUCUAUGCAAAUACCAUUUGUUGGAUUCCAGCCAAUACGGACUAGUGAGCACAUGGCAGCUUCAGGUGUAUUUGCUUUGUUAAUGGCUAUUGGCGCCCUGAAGUACUUACACAGUCUGAACCCUAAGGGACAGUGGAAGCAACUAUUAAUUUUAGGAGGAUUAUUAGCAGCUGCUGCAGUUUUCAUUGCAGUUGUGCUGUUGACUUACAUGGGGGUUAUUGCGCCUUGGAGCGGACGAUUCUAUUCACUGUGGGAUACGGGCUAUGCCAAAAUCCAUAUUCCGAUCAUAGCUUCAGUAUCGGAACACCAGCCGACGACCUGGUCAUCCUUCUUCUUUGACCUGCAUGUCCUUGUAUGCACAUUCCCUGUAGGGCUGUGGUAUUGCAUUAAAAAUAUCAAUGAUGAGAGAGUUUUCGUUGCUCUCUACGCAUUGAGUGCGGUAUACUUCGCUGGUGUGAUGGUCCGACUGAUGUUGACGUUGACGCCGGUUGUUUGCGUGCUCGCUGGUAUUGCCUUCUCAAUACUGCUUGACUUGGUGUUGAGAGAAGAUGAAUUGCCUAUACCUCAGACCGAGAGCGAAGAGUCAAAAAGUCUUUAUGACAAGGCAGGUAAAUUAAAAAAGCGGGCACACGAACCAACAUUACCUACAGACAAUACAGGUCUUGGGAUGAACGUGCGCUCCGGUAUACUCAUAGCGUUUAUGAUUUUAUUGAUGCUCUUCUCGGUUCACUGUACUUGGGCUACUUCGAACGCCUAUUCGAGUCCUAGUAUUGUAUUGGCUAGCUACGGUAAUGAUGGGUCGCGUAAAAUUUUAGAUGAUUUCCGAGAGGCGUACGGUUGGCUGUCACAAAAUACUGCAGAAGACGCGAGAGUGAUGUCGUGGUGGGAUUAUGGCUAUCAGAUAGCUGGCAUGGGGAAUCGAACCACACUAGUAGACAACAAUACAUGGAACAAUUCGCACAUAGCAUUGGUUGGCAAAGCAAUGGCGAGUAAUGAGAGCGCGGCCUACGAGAUCAUGACGAUGUUGGACGUCGACUACGUGCUAGUUAUAUUCGGAGGGGCGAUCGGUUAUUCGGGAGACGAUAUUAAUAAGUUUAUUUGGAUGGUGCGCAUCGCUGAGGGAGAACACCCUAAAGAUAUUCAUGAAGCAGAUUAUUUCACAGAGAGAGGCGAAUACAGGGUAGAUUCAGAAGCAUCCAAAACAAUGUUAAAUUGCUUAAUGUACAAGUUAUCAUAUUAUCGAUACGAUAGCGGCGGCAGUCCACCUGGCUACGACCGCACUCGUGGCGCGUUGCCUGGCAACCGCGGCUUCAAACUCACCUACCUCGAGGAGGCCUAUACCACUGAGCACUGGCUUGUAAGGAUAUACAGGGUAAAGAAGCCUGACGAGUUCAAUCGACCUCGUAUACCGUUAGCGAAGAGAAUAAUUUCUACAACCAAUGCCGUUUCAAAAAAGACAUCAAAACGAAGAAAAGGUCUCCUAAAGAACAAGCCGACGUUAGUAAAGGGGAAGAAAGUGAGCCGAUUGGAGUGA